CAUAGUUCAGUCGUGAGUUGCGUUGCAUUGCGUACGGUCCGAGGCUCCGCUGCCGAUUGGAAACCCGGUCUAUACCCUAGUAUUUUGUUCUUAGCCCUGCGUCCUCGUUGCCAAAUGAAUACCGACGACAUGGAAACGCAGAAGAAAGCGGAAGCAGACAACAAGUACAUAGUGAAAUAUCGCCAGCAGUAUUACGACUUGUCCAGGUUUAUGCACAAGCAUCCGGGGGGCAUAAACACCCUGAAGGGUCUCAACAAUGGAGACAUGACGGGUCGCUUUAUGAAGGCCCCGCCACAUUCGGAUGCGGCUAUGUACCUUAUGAAAGAGUAUAAAAUUGACCCCGAGGACUACCAAAACACAAAGUUUGCCCAAAAAGAAGCAGAUCUUGAUGAAAGUAAUGGAACCAUACGACAACGUGUCAAAGAAACCGAGGACAAGAACAACAACCAUACGGACGAGAGCAUGGAGCACUUGGUAGAUUGGUCCAAGCCUAUGCUUCCGCAGAUCGCCAACAUAACCGAGUGUUACGAUGAGUGGGUGCACAAGCCGGUGGACAGACCUCUUCGGCUCUUUGGGCCUUGGUACUUGGAGAUGUGCACAAAGACGCCAUGGUGGUUGGUGCCCACAUUCUGGAUCCCGGUGAUUAUUAAGAGUGGAUUGGAAGAAAUUACCAGCAGCUGGCAGUAUAAAAACCAGCUUGCGAUACUCUUUGGAUACUUCUUGUGCGGUGUGCUUCUGUGGUCCUUCCUGGAGUAUACACUCCACCGCUGGGUGUUUCACGUAAAGCUGAACAGCAACAGUGGCAAAUGGAUAUGCACGUUCCACUUCAUGAUCCACGGACUGCACCACAAGGUGCCCUUCGAUCCGAUGCGACUGGUGUUCCCGCCUCUUCCGGGAGCACUGCUCGCCGCGAUCAUUUACACGCCUCUCUCCUUUGUCCUUUCGCAUUCCCGCAUGGUCCUUUGCGGAGCCCUGACCGGUUAUCUAUGCUACGACAUGAUUCACUACUACCUUCACUACGGCAAUCCCUCCACAGCCGCCUUCGUACACAUGAAGCGGUACCACCACCACCAUCACUUCUCGCACCAAACUCUUGGAUACGGCAUCAGCAGUCCGUUGUGGGACGUCGUCUUUAGAACAAGGAUUCACCUUCGCAAGCUGAGGUACCAACUGCGCUGGUCCUAGCCGCAAUCACAGGCUACAAAACAGUGCCACUACAGAACAAAUUAAACUCGGUAAAUGAAUGCAACAAAGUUGCAGACCGAUCAAAAAAUGCAAUCAAAGGGGCUACAUUCGUUUUGUAUACGGUCAUAAUUAAGUAUUAGGAUUAAAAAUAUUUUGUAAGUCUUAUACUGAUUUCUUUUUAACAGGAAUAAACUUCCAAUGAUACCAAAGAAAGAA